GACUUCAUAUGCAUCAGUCAUACUGUACUGCCACUAUAGUCUGCUGAGACCUCAACUUUCACUUCUCAGAGUAUGCCUGAAGCCGAACCUGCACAACCUCCCGCAGACGAGAAACAAUGUCGCAUAUGUCUCGACGGAGAGGAUCCUGAGCUAGGCAAGCUCAUCCGGCCUUGUCUCUGCAAGGGCUCCAUAAGUUACGUCCAUGUGAAAUGUCUACAGAUGUGGAGGAACACAUCCCCCUCCCGUUCUGCUUUCUAUGCUUGCCCGCAAUGUGGCUACCGCUAUCAUUUCGCUCGCACCCGCGUCGUUGGUAUUGCUACCAAUCCAGUCGUCGUCGGUGCCGUCUCCACGAUUGUCUUCACCAUGCUAGUCAUCUGUUCGUCUUACAUCACCACCUUCCUUCUCUAUGACGAUGACUACGACAGCAUCUUCAUUACACCUUGGAGUACUUUCCGCAACCUCGUCCGGUCUACCGUUCGCGUAUUCGUAGACGGCGGAUUAGAUGAGAAGCUCUUGACAUACACGACCCCCAAAUACUCACCUUCGGGUCCUCCCAGUUUUCUCCGCAGGUUCAUUCAUCGAUUCCUCCUCGGCCUGCCUGUCGUCGGUGCAGGUGCAUUGAUACACAUGUUUAUGUCACUACCAAUAUCCUUCCAUUGGCUUCGCUGGAGAUCGAGACAGGCUGGUCGGAACUCGCGAGAUUUCGCUACUAUCGUUCUGGUAGCCCUGGUUCUCAUUGGCGCUGCGAGGUUUGUACCACUUUGCUCUCUUGAACCCACACACAAAUUAUAUUCAUCGAUGUCUUUAGGGCUCUGUACAAGGUAUACCAACUGACUGAGCACGUUGUCCAACGUAUGCUUCUUCGCGCGGAGGAAGCCAUACUAGAAGUUCGUUGAGACACUGCUAUCUUUCUUUCUUUCUUCCGGCGACACUUCGGAAUUUAAUAAUAUUUCACAACGUUCUUGUGUUUUGUACAUCACGCAUAUUUAUCCAGCAUCCUUUGGCUCCUGAUGCUGACAAGUCCGCUUAUUACAACAUAAAAUCUAUGUACAACAAAAUCAUUCAAUGGUAUCACAUACUACAUAUAGCACAUCAUACGUAUCAUGCCGUCUACCAAUAUCGCCGCAGUUGGCGUUUUACACCUUCAUACAAACUCUUCGUCUCU